AUGGAUCAAACACCCGAUUCAAUCUACCACUCCUCCUCCACGGUACCGUCUCUACUGGACGAUACUCCUUCGCUCGAUACACCUUCCGCUUACUCUUCCCCGGUGUCUGCAACAACCUCUCACGGCCAAGCUCCCAUCGGCUUGGGCAUAUCUGGCUUGGAGCCCACCUUCAACAACUUGAGGGCUUUUUCCAAUGCAUUCGAUUUCUCAGCAGCGCCUUUAAUGUUGAAUCAAUUCCCAAUUUCAGGGAGCUCGUACAAUGAACCUUCAAAGUCCAAUGAUUUCCCCGAUGCAUCUUGCUACGGACUCUUUCAAGAUCCCUCCUAUUCUCCAAGCAGCUACUAUAGUGCUCAGGGAAUGAGUGCAUCUCCCAGCUAUGACUCCACAUUCGGAACGUUUGUAGGGCAGAUUCCUGGGAAUUGGGGUCCUGUACUACCCACAGCCCCAACAACUCCAGAAAUUGCUCCUCCAUCGACAGAUUGUCUCACUGGGCGCUACUGGAAUCAAGCCUACGCCCCCGCCGCCAUGAACACUCUCGAUUUGCCAAUUGAGAACGGAUUAAAUAUCGACACAGGCUGCUUUAUGACUACACCCCCAGAGGAGACAGUAUGUAAGAGGCCAUAUGUAAUUGUCUCUAAUCCCGCACCAUUACCGUCUGAUUAUCCGAAUGUCCAUAUCAGUGGGGAAACCACCGAAAGCCCCACCAGCCCACAAACCCGUAAACCCAGCACCUUAUCCUCAGAAAGAACGUCAAAGGUUUAUUUUUGCAGCAUAUGUGGCAACACUUUCACCAGACGGUCAAAUUGUACCGAGCAUGAACGGAAUCACGAUCCCAAACGCAAAAAAUCAUUUCCCUGUGGAGAGUGCCAUAAGACUUUUGGAAGGAAUGCCGAUCUGAAACGGCAUACAGAUACUAUCCACCGUGGCAUCCGCAAGUAUCAUUGCAGGUCUUGUGAGCGUAGAUUUACAAGAUUAGAUGCGUUGAACAAGCUCUCAUCGCCAGACACAGCGCAACGAGUCCCUCUAGAAGGAAUAAAGAGCUUCAAGGAUGCUUCUGCUCAACCAUCAAGGCUUACAGCAUGGCGGUGA